UUGCCUUUCCCGAAGUUUCUUUAUUGUACUAGACUAAACGUGAUACUAACAAAAAAAUUAUAAAGUAAAUCCUCAUUCUGAUUAAGAUUAUUCAAUUUAUCGAGUGGAAAUAUCGCCAAUGGCAACCGUUGCUAUUUAAUAUUAAAUAUCAACAAAUAAAGCUCUUGUCAUCAUAGUCGGUGCAUUUAUUGUGGUCGAGGAAAAGUACAAUAUUCACAAGAUGGAUUUUGAUCACGAAUCUUCAAAAAAGGGGUCUAGAGCUACAGAAUCGACCUUAGACGAUUUGUCCAAGAUGCUCGACAGUCCCGCGCAGAAAGUGAGCAACAAAUACGUCUGCACACCCCCAGAAACGUUUACUCGAAAACCUGAUACAAUUCCUUUUCACGUUCCGCAUAAAAAACUUCUUGAGAAAAUCGAAUAUCAAAAACCAAUCCCCGAACCACUGACUGGUUUCGAUGAACGACAGCAAGCUAUACUUAGGAGAAGGAGAAGAAGAGAAAAAAUUUCACAAGAGAAAGAUGAAGGAGAAACAGCCGCGAAACUAAAAAAAGGAGGCGUUCGUUUCAUCGGAGAAGAAGCCGAAAGCGAGUCUAAUACGGAAUCGAUUUCGACGGGGGCGAGCGAUAUUGUUUUGCCUCAUCAUAAAGUAAAGGGUGUUGUUAAGCAAAAAGACCUGAUAAAUCAAAUGCGAAACACUGUCGACGGAUCGUUUGUCUACAUGGUUUACGCCGUUCCCAGGUCGUCAGAAAUGUUCACCCCGUAUGCCUUAAAAUUAGUAGAAUACGAGAAUGUGGAAAAGACGAACUUUUUGACGAUGAGUUCGCAUGGCGUGACUCAGUUUAUUUGUGGAGAAAUGUCCUUCACUAAUUUAAACAAAUGGGAAGAGGAAUACGACACGUAUUGUCGUUUAAUGAGAAUCAAAUCGUUCUUUUAUUUUCGAAUGUGGAAAGCGUAUUACGUUUGGCGAAAAGGAAUAAUUUUUCGAAAAUAUACUUCUGCAAGGACCGCUUUAGAAGGCAAUCUUUUUUACACGAACGCACAUUUACGAGAAGCACUCCUCAACAUACAAAAUAUGUGCUUCACAAUGAUCGAAACCAAAUUCUGCGAUCUCUCCAUUGUAGACAACUUUUACCUAUUUUACUUCAUAGAAGCGCAG